AUGGGGAAGAUCAAGGCGUAUGUUCCUCGGAGUCGCACUGGGUGCCUUACCUGCAAAAAGAGAAGGGUGAAAUGUGAUGAAACUCAUCCGAAAUGUCUAAAAUGCUCAAAACUAAAAUUGCCCUGCCUGUACCAAAGGAUUUUAUUCUGGGAGGAUGAAGCCCAUGCCAGAGGGGUGACGUUUGGCAGAUCGGCCUCAGCACGACGUCAAAGACAACAAAAGAGUACUCUGGCUUUGGGAUCUUUCCAAGUACUGAAAGAGGAGGUAAAAAUCAUAGAUAGAAUCUCGACCAAAAGAUCCCAUUAUAUCUUCAUCAAUACCACCUAUAAAGAUUUCAAUAAACAGCACACAAUUUCUAAGGCCUCCAAACCAAGCACCGUCUCGGGGAAUUGUGGAAGCAGUUGUCCAAAUAUUUGGAAUUCAGAUGAAAUUGAUCAAUUCAACCUUAACAACAUCUCUAAUGAUGAUAUUUUUCUACAGACACUUGCCCCUCAGGAACCACUGAUUUCAGUUUCUCCAUUAAGCCCCCUAAACGAUUUCCCAUUGGACAAUCCAAUGACAACUCUUGAACGACAGUUGCUCAAUUACUUCAUUGAAUCCAUUUGCCCAUAUUGUGUCUGUUAUCCGAAAUCAUCCCUCAAGUUUUCAAAUGUCUUUUCGACAGAAUCAAAUCCAUACCUUAAUUUAGUCGCACCACUUGCCUUCAAAUCUCCUUUGGUCUUAAAAGUCAUCACUGCCGCCUCGGCAAAACAAUUGGUGCUUCUUGGUCAAACUUCCUAUAAUAAAAUCGCAAAGAAAUAUAGCUAUGAGGUAUUAGUGGAUUUGCCAAACAUCAUCAAAGAGAGACAGAAAAUGAGUGCGAAAAACUGGGAUGAUAUUCUCACCACGGUGAUAAUGCUAUGCUUCAUUGAAAUCUCCGUUAACUGUAAUAGCUCUUGGCUAGUUCAUUUGAAUGGUGCCAAACAGUUUCUCAAAGAAUCAUGUAUCAGAAACAAUGUUACUCCUAUUGGGAAGUUUUUCAUCCGGUAUUUCAUUUCUCAUGAAGUAAUGGGAGAAACGGCUUGGGUUGAUGAUAAUCUACAAAAAUUAAGGCCUAUCAGUGAUGAUCCAUAUAUAGAGACUCUUAAGCAGGAUAUGGAUAACAAUAUUGACUUGGUUUUGGGUGCUUCGCCGUAUCUCAUUGCACUCAUUCAUAAAACUUCGGAACUUGGCAAAUGUUUUGAACAUUUGGAACAUGAAUCACGAAGAAACCGCUUGGAAUUUGAACGAGAAAUCUUGAGUCAGGCAGAUAAAUUGGAAAAUGAAUUAAUUCAUUUGCGUCAAGAUCUACCUUCAAUGGCAGAGUAUUGCGACCCAGAUGCUGGGAAACAUAUUCAAACAAUUGCAGAAAUCAAACGGCUCGCGGCUUUGAUAUACUUGUUUGCCAGAAUCCACCUUGAAUACAAUUAUUAUCAUGGGAAAAACCAGCUUACAGAUAUGAAACUUUCUCUUUGCCAGAAUUAUGCCGAUAAAAUAAUUUCACUCCAUAAGACUUUACCAGAAACGUAUGUCAGUCUAUUGUGGCCUAUCUUUAUUUUGGGGAUCGCCAGAGUAACAGAAAGCAACCGCUGGUGGGUAUUGCAAACCUUGACGGAGAUGGAAGGGCACCGUGGAUUGAAAAGUGUUAAGAAUGCCAAAGAAAUCAUCAUCAGUGUGUGGAAAGAAAUUGAUUUGGAAGAAUGCCCAAUAAGGUGGAAAGGAAUGAUUAGGGGUAAAGCCAAUACCAUUAGCUUGGCUUAG